UCCCCGACCCUGGCUCGAGCUCAGGCUCAGUCUCUCUCCUCCUAUAUAUUCCAUUCCAUUCCUUUCCGCUAGCUCACGCCUCCUUGAAUCUGAACUGAUGCGCUAGAACCAAGAAAAUGCAAAGAGUCUUGUCAAGAAGAAGCCACACCUUGAAGACUUGUGACUAUGAAUUCUUCAAAUCUGGUUUUGUUAGAUUCAUUGCCACCAGUUGCAGGGCUGUUGUUCUCCCCCGGUUCGGUGGACCCGAGAUGCUACAGCUCCGGUCUGAUGUUGAGGUCCCCCAGCUCAAACCCAACGAGGUCCUAGUUCGAUCACGAGCUGUUUCAAUCAAUCCACUUGAUACUAGAAUGCGAUCAGGUUAUGGUCGUUCCAUAUUUGAACCACUUCUACCUCUCAUUUUGGGUCGUGAUAUUAGCGGUGAAGUUGCAGCUGUUGGAACUUCUGUGCGGUCAUUCAGUGUUGGAGAAGAAGUUUUUGGUGCGUUGCAUCCAACUGCUGUGAGGGGUACUUAUACUGACUAUGCAGUUCUGUCGGAAGAUGAACUUGCUCCAAAACCACCAUCACUUACGCAUGUGGAAGCAAGUGCCAUUCCUUUUGCUGCGCUAACUGCAUGGCGUGCUCUAAAAAGCACUGCUAGGAUAACUGAGGGGCAAAGGAUUUUAGUAGUGGGUGGUGGUGGAGCAGUAGGUUUGGCUGCAAUUCAGCUAGCAGCAGCUGCAAGGUGUCAUGUUACAACUACUUGUGGUGGUCAAAGCAUAGAUCGAGUGCGGGAAGCAGGUGCUGAGCAGGCUGUUGAUUAUACUGCUGAGGACAUUGAACUAGCAAUUAAGGGGAAGUUUGAUGCUGUCUUGGACACCAUUGGUGUGCCAGAAACAGAAAGAAUCAGCAUCAAGUUUUUGAAGAGAGGUGGACACUAUAUGACGCUUCAGGGUGAGGCAGCAUCCUUGGCUGAUAGGUAUGGACUAGUUGCUGGGCUUCCUAUCGCCACAGCUAUUUUACUUAAAAAACAGAUUCAAUACCGAUACUCACAUGGAAUAGAAUACUGGUGGACUUACAUGAGAGCUGAUUCAGAUGGUUUGGAUGAGAUCCACCGGCUAUCUGAAGCUGGAAAAAUGAAAAUACCGGUGGAGAAAACAUUUCCCAUCACACAGGCAAAAGAGGCUCAUGAGGCUAAAGACAAGAAGAAAAUCCCUGGUAAAGUGGUGCUGGAACUUGAUUGAAAUAGAUUCAACAAAAUCAUACAAACAAUAUCAAUGACAGGAUUUAUAGGCUAUCCUCUCGUUUCUGUUAGUUGUUUUUUUAUUUUUUCCCUCGUGGUAUUUGGGUAGUUGAUCUUGCAAUGUGCAAUAAGCAAUCAGGCAGUAUUGUAUAGAUGGAAGUAUCCAGUUGGCAAUCUGUAAAAGUUUUCGAGUACGUUCAUUUUUUGUCUUUCAUUUUGCAACAAUACGAAUUUGAAAUAAAUAUAGCAGAGGGGUAGUGCACUGGACUUCUAUCUAA